AUGGCUCUCAAUGGGGGAUCCACACCCACCCAGGCAACAUCAAGCCCCGUCUCUACGAAUGCGAGCAUCGGACGACUAAUCCGCCUGUUCUGGGUCUGGAAAGCUCUGCUUCUCACUAUAGCGGCCGUAAGCCCUGGUCCCGGCUACGACACAUCAACUCAGAUUCUCUUCGAUCGCUACCCGUCUUAUUCAGAGACUUGGCUGGCUGAGGCAUCCAGGUGGCUUGCAGCUAAGCUGACGAAAUGGGACGCCAUAUAUUUCACCAACACAGCCGCGCGUGGCCUCGCGUUUGAGCAGGAGUGGGCAUUUAGUCCGGUCUUCUCGAAAGUGGUCUCUUUUCUUGCGGGAGUGUUUCCUUACAGUGUUUGCGGCUCUCGAAUAGUCUGCAACGCGUGGGCUGGCAUUCUCAUCUCGCACGUCUCGCAUUUAGGCGCCGUUCUCGUCCUGUUCGCUCUCACCUAUCAGCUCAUACCCGCUAGCGAUGACAAGAGGCGUCAAAUCGCCUUUACAACAGCAUGCCUUCAUGUCAUCUCACCCGGCGGUCUAUUCUUGUCAGCAUUCUACGGCGAGAGCGCUUUUGCCUUACUCAACUUCAGUGGUAUGGCGAUUUUUGCCCUGCCCACGUCGUCUCGGCUUGAGACCAGCUUCGAUGUCUAUAGGGGCGCAAAGAUCAUUGCGGGUGGUCUCGCAUUUGGACUCGCAUCUGUUGCGAGGAGCAAUGGUAUCUUCAGUGGCGUCUUUCUGGCCUGGGAUGCCGUGGCUCAGCUUCCUAUUCUACCACACAUGCUCCAGCAAAGGCAGUGGAACAAGUUGUUUUGGCUCGCAUCGACUCUUCUGAGUGGGUCGCUCAUUCUGGUCUGCCAAGUCCUUUUACAAGGAUGGGCGUAUGCACAGUAUUGCACGAAAGGCAACUGGCGGCCUUGGUGUGCCUGGCUGCCUCCAAGCAUCUACACCUGGGUACAGCAGCACUACUGGGGUGUCGGCUUUCUACGCUACUGGACGCUUUCGAAUGCACCGCUGUUCGCGCUGGCCGCUCCAAUGGCUUUUGUUCUAUUUGGAACGGGCAUCGUUGCACUGGAGCGGACAAAGUUGAUGGCAAUGGUUCAAGAUACCCUAGGUAAAGGCAAAGGCUCCGACAAGAAGGUACUAGUUGAGACUGCAGCGCAAACCCGCUUCGUUGGCUUCGUGUUCCGCUUUGCGCUUCCCCAGGUCAUCUUGGCUACUCUGGCCCUCACCAGCUUCCACGUCCAGAUCCUCAACCGCAUCUCUUCUGGAUACCCAGUCUGGUACAUCGUCCUUGCCAUAGCCAUCCACGCGGACACAUCAGGACUCUCGGCAAAGAAGUACGGCUUCUUUUUAGGCUGGCUGACGCAACAUUCCACGUGGAUCAUUCGAGCAAUGGUGAUGUACGCCAUAGUUCAAGGUGGUCUUUACGCGAGUUUCAUGCCGCCAGCUUGA